GUUCUGCGCACGCGCAAUCCCACAACUGCGUCCUCCCUGGACGUACUGUGCACGUUCCUGCGGCACCUCCUCAGAACACCUCAGGUAUCCCAAAAAGCCAUGCGAGCUGGGGUGCCGGUCGUUGCCUAAGCCUCCGGGACUUUCCCGUUAGCGUCAAGUAAUGGCAGAUUGGGCUAAGAAGUGAGACACAGGAAGGGAAAAAACAGCGUCGCGGCCCAGUGACGUCAGGCAAGUGGAAGCCGUGACGCGCGUCGCCGCCGGUUCGGGGCAGCUGUGAGUCCGGAGCGCCCGGUCCUUGGUUUUGUGAGGGGAGAACGGCGGCGGCCGUCAUGCCGCCGGGCAAGACGCUCCAGCCCGUGCUGAAAAUGAAGGUGGACGAGCUCUUCCUGCGGUGGCUGAGCGAGGCCGCAACGCAGCGGCUGCUCCACGAGUGCCUGCGCGCAGUCCAGGCCCCUCAAAGCGCUCCCAACGUGGCCGUCUCCGCGGGUGCCGAGAUGCCCGCGCCCGCCCCGGGAGGACCCGGACCCCCUGCCGCUCCUGCCGCUCCUGGACUCCCGCCUGAACCUCAAAGCCGCAGAACCCGCAGACCUGCAGUUCCCAGAGGCGGGCGUGGCUGCACGGAGGUGCAGACGUGGCCAGAGCUGCAGGGAACCCCAGGACUCCCGGUGGGUGGGAUCCCCACCUUCUACUUCCCGCGCGGCCGCCCAGUGGGUCCUGCCAGCAAGGAUGCAGCCAUACGUGCCGUGGAGACUGCGUUUGCCCUGUUCCCACUGCAGCGCGCCCGCCUGGAGGACAUGGGCAAUGUGGCUAAGGCCUGUGGCUGCCCUUUGUACUGGAAGGGACCCCUGUUCUACCGGGCCGGGGGCCGCCGUGGGGGAUCCGUGUCUGUGCAUACCUUCGUGGCCAUGUGGCACAGAAUCCUCCAGGACUGCCACGAUGAGGAGGCUAGGUUCCUGCACCUGCUCGCCAGUCCUGGGUGCGACUUUUUGGAACAGGAGGAUUUCAUCCCCUUCUUGCAGGAUGUGGUAGAAUCACACCCUGGCCUCGCCUUCCUCAAGGAGGCACCUGAGUUCCACUCCUGCUACAUCACCACUGUCAUCCAGCGGAUCUUCUACGCUGUCAACAGGUCCUGGUCCGGGCGCAUCAGCUACAAUGAGCUCAGGAGGAGCCGCUUCCUGCAGGUUGUGGCGCGGCUGGAGGAGGAGGCGGACCUGAGCCUGACAAGUGGGCUCUUCUGCUACGAGCACGUCUAUGUCAUCUACUGUACCUUCCGUGAGCUCGACACUGACUGCGACCUCCUGCUGGGCAACUGUGACCUGGCCCGGCACCGCGACCACGCCAUCUCCGACAAGAUGAUUGACAGGAUAUUUUCAGGUGCUGUCAUGCGGGACAGGACCGCACAGAGGGCAGGGAAGAUGAGCUACGAGGACUUCGUGUGGUUCCUGCUCUCCGAGGAGGACAAGACCACGCCCACCAGCAUUGAGUACUGGUUCCGCUGCAUGGACCUAGACGGGGAUGGGGCACUGUCUGCCUUUGAGCUCGAGUUCUUCUACGAGGAGCAGAGCCGCCGACUACGUAGCCUGGACGUCGAACCACUGCCCUUCCCCGACUGCCUCUGCCAGAUGCUGGACCUGGUUCGGCCAAGGACCCAGGGCCGCAUCACGCUGGGCGAUCUGAAGCGGUGCCGGCUGCUGGCGCCCAUUUUCUUUGACACCUUCUUCAACGUAGACAAGUACCUGGACCGUGAGCAGCACGAGCAGUUGGCCCUGCCCGGGGAUGGUGAUGGCCCUGAGCUGUCAGACUGGGACCGUUUUGCAGCCGCGGAGUACAGACUGCUGGUGGCCGAGGAGGCGGCGGCACAGCUGUGGGAGGACGGGUCUGACACGGAUGAGCCGAGCCCUGGGAAGCAGCAACCAAGUGGGCUUCACCCCCAGCGUCCGUUCUGGGAGGCAUCGGGGGCUGAGCUCCUGGAAGAGGAAGAUGACCUGUGGCCGGCGUGACAUGCGUGGCAUGUGCGUGUUGCAUGCACAUCACAUGCAGGAUAUAAAUCAUUUAUUCAUCCCAGGGUUGCUUGGGGGUGUCUAUGACUCAGCCUCCAGAAGUGGGUCCCAUCCAGUGUCCACUCAGUCAUCCUAUUGUCCACUCUUGAGUCCAGUGUCCACUCCCCCUGCCCUCUGUAGAGUUACCUGAAGGUCACAGGGACUAUCUGCUCUUGGGCAGGCCUCAGCUGAUGUUCCUGGGUCGGAGUCCAGCUGGGUAAUGUCCAGACUCAGCCCCAGCAAGGCCUAGCUGGUGCCCACGGCCAUUCUGACCCUUGUAGACGCUAAGCAGCUGGAUCACGUUUUGCUGACCUGAGCUCCCUGAAUAACAUCUGCCUCUCAGCUGUGUUCCAGAAGCUGCACUUGUGCUCAAGCUGCUGGCCUAGGGCCUUUACCCCAAUCCCUUACCCCUACCCCCUCCCUGGGCUCUGACCCCACUGGGCUUCUGGGUCCUCCCUGUGGCCACUCAGGGCUCUGUCAAUCCUUUACUUUUUCCGUUUACACAUGUUGGCUCUUUCCUUUUGCACAAGGCCCUCUCUGUGUGCACACAGCCCUCUCCCUGAGCUGGGCCCUUUCCUUUUGACUCAGCUCUUUGUGUUUGCACAUAGGCUUUCCAUUGACAUGGUUUUCAUUUGCAAUUCCCUAUGAGGAGAUGUUAAACAUCUUCCUAUGUGUCUUCACAUACAUCUGUAGAUCUAAUACAGUAUGGUGCAUUCUUGGAUAUUUACUCAUUUUAGAUCAGAUGCAUAUUUUGUUAUAGUUUUGUUUUCUGUUUUUGCUGAGUCUUUUAUCUGUCUUGACAUACAUGUUUUCUAGUUGUAAUAUGUCUUUUCAUUCUUUAACAGCAGCUUUCAAAAAGACAAAGUGCUUAACUUUCACACAAUUAUUUAUUAAUUUUUUGUUUAAGUAUUUUGCUAUUGGUGUUUCAUUAAUCUGGUUAUUAAACUCAAGGCCAUAUUUUUCAUGUAGACAUUUUAUGUUUUACAGUUUUCAUUUCAUGAUGUGAUUCGAGUUAAAUUGUGUUAAGGUUUGCAUCUGUGAUUUUUUUUUUGUAUUGGUGUCUAGAUGUUCAAGGUGGAUAAUUUUAUGUUUGUUGGCUUUGUUUUGAGAAUCACUUAAGUCACUUAAAGCCAGCUGCAUCCUUUCAAGUCCUAAUUUUACUCUUUAGGUGGUUCCAGGGUAGCAUUAAAUUGUGAAUUAGUUUUUCCCAUCAAUAGGCAAAUAUUUUCUUAAAAUUAUACCAGGCCCCAAGAAUGAAAGGUUCUACCCUGGUUGGAAAGAACAGGAUCUAUCAGUGUGAAAUCUAACAUUGCUCCUUAUGAUUCUCUGGGUGAUUCCCUCUAUUAGUUGAUGACCUUAUAUGCAUUACCUCAUUAGUCCUCAGAUGAAACGCUCUUAGGGACCCCUGCUGACCUUUCCAUUUUGGAGACCAUUUUUAUAUUGGAUUUUUGUUUUUGCUGAGUUUCAAAUUUCCCUCGUUAUUUUAGGUUGUCUAUAUGAUAUGUUCAUAAAUAUUCCUUUAUGACAUGUUUUUACAAAAAAUGUUUACCAGCUUUGGCCCUUCUUUUCUCUUGACAUUGUCACAGAGGAAAUGUCUUUCAUUUUAAUGAAGACCAGUUAACAGUCAUUUAUUUCAUGGACUGUGCCUUCAGGACUGUAUAUAAGCACCAUACCCAAGCUUACCUAAAUUUUCUCCUAUAUCUUUUCCUGGGAGGUUAAUAAUUUACCUUUUUUUUUUUUUUUUUCAUUUAGGUUUACAGUCAACUUAAGCUAAUUUUUGUGAAGUUUGUGAGUAGAUUUGUGUUAUGGCAUGUGGAUGUCCAUUUUUUGCAGCACUAUUUGUUGAAAGUCUGUCCUUGCUCCAUGACACUGAUUUUAUUCCUAUGUCAGUGAUCUGUUAUCCACGUUGAUGAAGGUCUAUUUCUGUGCUCUCUAUUUUUUUUUUUUAAUAUAUAAUGUGCUUACCUAUUCCUUCAUCAAUACUGCACUGUCUUGGUUAACUUUCUUUUGUUUUUAAAAGACUAUUUGAGAAGUAGAGUUGCAGACUGAGAGAGGGGGAGACAGUGAGAGGUCUUCCUUUCAUUGGAUCACUCACCAAAUGUCGCAACUGCUGGAGCUGGAGCUUCCUCCAGGUCUUCCAUGUGGGUGCAGGGGCCCAUGCACUUGGGCCAUCUUCUACUGCUUUUCCAGGCUACAGCAGAGAGCUGGAUCAGACAGAACAGAAACAGCCAGGACUAGAACCAGCACCCAUGUGGGAUGCCAGCACCACAGGUGGAGGCUUAGCCUACUUGCAUUUCAGCGCUGGCCCCUUGGUUAACGUUCUAGUAAAUACUAAAGUUGGAGAGUGCUGAUCCUCCAAGUGUAUUAUUUUCUUUUCUUUUUCUUUUUCUUUUUCUUUUUUUUUUUUUUUGACAGGCAGAGUGGAUAGUGAGAGAGAGACAGAGAGAAAGGUCUUCCUUUUUGCCAUUGGUUCACCCUCCAGUGGCCGCUGCGGCCGGCGCAUUGUGCUGAUCCGAAGUGGAGCCAGGCGCUUCUCCCGGUCUCCCAUGCGGGUGCAGGGCCCAAGGACUUGGGCCAUCCUCCACUGCCUUCCCGGGCCAUAGCAGAGAGCUGGCCUGCAAGAGAGGCAACCGGGAUAGAAUCCGGCGCCCCAACCGGGACUAGAACCCGGUGUGCCGGCGCCGCAAGGCAGAGGAUUAGCCUGUUGAGCCACGGCACCAGCCAAGUGUAUUCUUUUCUUCCAGUAAUGAGUUGGCUUUUUGGGUCUUUUGGUCUUCCACAUUAAUUUUAGAAUAUAUUUUUGUUUAUAAUCACGAAAUAACUUGUCAGCAUUUUGAUUGAAUUAUGUUGAAUCAAUAUAGCAAGUGGGGGAAGUACUUGUAAUUUUUUUUUUUUUUAUUUUUUUUGACAGGCAGAGUGGACAGUGAGAGAGAGAGAGACAGAGAGAAAGGUCUUCCUUUUGCCGUUGGUUCACCCUCUAAUGGCCGCCGCGGUAGCGCGCUGCGGCCGGCGCACCGCGCUGUUCCGAUUGCAGGAGCCAGGUGCUUAUCCUGGUCUCCCAUGGGGUGCAGAGCCCAAGAACUUGGGCCAUCCUCCACUGCACUCCCUGGCCACAGCAGAGAGCUGGCCUGGAAGAGGGGCGACCGGGACAGGAUCGGUGCCCCGACCGGGACUAGAACCCGGUGUGCCGGCGCCGCAAGGCGGAGGAUUAGCCUGUUGAGCCACGGCGCCGGCCAGUACUUGUAAUUUUAAUAUUGGGUCUUUUCUACCUGUGACCAUGGAAUCCAUCUCCAAUAUUUAAUUUUUCUUUAAUAGCUUUCAACAAAGGAUUAUGGUUUUUCUCAUAUAGAUCUUUCACUUAGAUAUGCUCUGUCUACACUCAUAAUUUGUUAGGAUUAUACUGACAUAUUUUGGGGGGUUAUGUAAAUGGUAAUGUGCUUUUAUUUAAAUUAUUUAUGUUAUGUAGGGAAGCAACUGAUCACAACUAUAUAUAAACUUGGUAUGAUUGAUCGAUCAUUGGUUCCAGGAGUAACUUAGUUGAUUUGUUUGUAUUUUUCUACAUAAAUAUUUACAUUCUCUCUGAACAAAGACUUUUUUCUUCCUAAACCUGUAUGCCUUUAUUUCCACUUCUUACCUAUGUCAUUAGCUAGGACUUCUAGUAAGAUGUUGAAAGGCAGUGGUGGAAGGGACAUAUGUGUCUGUUCCUGAUCUUAGGAAAUUUAGACACUUCAGUAGAAAAGAGGUGGAAAGUCUGGUGUCUGAGGCUGCUGUCCAGUUCCUACACUUGCCAGACUGUUGACCUCCAGCCUCCUUGGUGCUGCUCUAAUAGGGCUUUUAAAAUUUUUCAAAUUUCUUUGCAAUAAAAUUCAAAGCCCCCAAGACUAUUUCCACUCCCAUCUUUUUUACUAACUGAAAAUGUAUUCCCUGCCCUCCACCCUCAAGCAAGGAGUAAACCACACAAUAUUCAAGGGACAUUUUAAAAUCAGGGCCACAUGAAGUUAAUUAUGCUGAUCUUCAGGGCUACUGUAAUUACUCUGGUCAAGAUGUUAUCAGCAUAUUUUUUACAAGAGACCAGCCUCAAAAAGCAUAUAAGCCUUCAGAGAUGAUUAGAAAUUGGAAGAAAAGAUCCACAGAAAAGGUUGAUGGCAAUGACACUGAUAGUUGGGUGUUAACCAAUUUGUGCAGGGCUUUCAAAUACCACACUUGUCCAUUGUCAUAAACCAAUCAGUCAUAUAGCUGAUUAUGUUUGGCAGUAGCGCUGAGUAUGGAGUAUUAACAUUUGAUGUGAACCAUGUCAUACUGGAGUUUAAAUUGCUUUUGGUCUGCUAUAUUUUCAUUUCCUAGCUUGUAAAUUAUACACUCUUACACACUUUUUAAUGGUUACCCUACAUACUAAAGCAUGUAUUGAUUUAUUGAAGUCUAAUAAUAGUUGGGCUCGGUGAUCUUAUGGUGAAUAUUAUAGGCAUUAGAACACUUUAAGCUCAAUUACUCAACAUCUGCCAUAUUUGAUAUAUCCUGUUAUGCAUAUUCCAUUUGUUAAAUACCUUGGAUAAAAUGUGUUUUAGAUAACAUAAAACCUUCUGAGGUAAUUGUCCAUUCAUCAGCUUGUUCCUAUCUGGCGGAGUUAAGGCCCCAUGCUGGCUCUCAAGACCACUGGAUGUCCCGUUGCCUACAUUCUUCUCAACACACCUGCAUCCAACUUGCAGCCUCAGUGACCUCUGCCUCAGGUUCUGCACCAGUCUCAGCUGUUUUGGCUUUGGUGCUUGGUGGGAAUCAAGCAUCUGUCCUGGUACUCACGAUACCAGUUUUCCAGACAUAACUUUCAUUUAGGUAGUUCCACUAUCAGAAUUGGACUCUUCCAAAUAUACACCCGAGGUUUUCAAAUAGUCCUCUAUUCUGUGCCUGAUUAUGAACCAAUAUAAUUAGGAUAAUAUGUCAUUAUUACAUUCUAAGAUUGUUUCCUUUUCAAGUUUUGUCAACGUUUCCUAAAAUAUACUCCGAAAAACGUCACCUGCAUGGGUUUUUCAAAAAAGAUUUUGUGCUGAAAUACAUUUGGUGAAUUCUAUUCUGUUUUCUGUUCCUACUGAUGAUUCAUGUUCAUUUUGACAAAGGACAGUCUCUGAAGAAUCCUGUAUGAACGAGGUGUAUUUACCUUGUUUUACGUGGUGAUUUUUAAAUUUACUGUUCAUGGAGUAAUUCUUUAACCACCUUAAUAUUCCAUUUUGGAACAUUGUAUUAAAAUUGCAUAAAAUUAUACAUUUUAUGGGUUUCGAAGACCUUUUCUAAUAUUUUUAUUGUCUCAUAAUGAACUGGGUACAUAACAUUAUUUGUAUGAAAUAAAAUGUGUCAAGAUUCACUAGAAACAACUUAUAGAGAAUACAUAGCAAUCCUGUAAUGACUUGAAAUUGACUAAAAAAAUCCAAUUUCUCUUCUUCCCUUGAGUGCCAUGUUUUCAUGGCUGUGUGUCUGAUAUUGCGUAGAAUGGAGUCUAAUCUGAACAAUGUUUUAUUAACAUGAUCUUUUUCCAACCCAGUAAAAUAUGUAUUUUGAGAAUACUCUUUCUAAUUUACUUCUGCAUUUGU